AUGGAAAACAAUCAACCAAUUACACUUGAUUUCCUUGAUAAAACACUUAAAACAAUGUAUUCUGAACAUAAUAUUAAUAUUAAUGAUAAAACUACUAUUAAAUGGAUUGAAUAUUUAAGUAUGAUAGAAACAAAUGAUGAUACAAAAUAUUUAGAAAUUCUUGUUGAUUUUUUAAAACAUAUUGAUAAUAAAGAAUUUAAUGAAAAUUUAUCUUUAUUUAAUGAAGGAAAAGGAACUUUAAUUCUUGAUAAAAUUCUUAAUAUUUGUAUACAACCAAUUAUUUCAAUUGAAAAUAUAAGUAAAAUUAUUACUUGUUUAGCAUUUAUUACAAAUAAUAAUUUUAAAACUAAAGAAUAUUUAUAUAAUCAUAAUAUUAUUGAUGGAAUACAAAAUUUAUUAAUUCAACCUCAAAUUCUUAAAAUUUUUGAACAAAUUUUUAAUACAUUUCAAUAUGAAAAAAAAGUUACUACUCAAUUUACUACUGUUCAAUUUGUUACUAGUUUAUUAAGUGGUUUAUUAACUUUAGUUACAAAUUGUGAAUUUAUUCAAAAACAAAUUAGUGACAUUGGUAUAAUUGAUUUAUUACUUCAUCUCUUAUCAAAUACUAAAUAUAUUCCAAAUGAAUUAUUAACAAUUUAUGGAACUAUUAUUGCAAUUAUUGAUACUUAUAUUGAAAAUUCAUUUAAAUUCCUUCCUCAAAAUACAAUUUUUAUUCUUAAAGAUUUAAUCUUUAAUAUACAACCUAAAGCUAUUAAAAUUAUGGCAAUUAAAGCUUUAACUGAUAUUAGUAAUUUAAAAUUACAACUUUAUAGACCUAUUUUUAUUGAUUUAAUCCCUCUUAUUGAGAAUGAAAUUAAUAAUAUUAAUGAUGAUUUUAUCAAACAAUCAUUAUUAUUAUUAUUUAGAAGUAUUUGUAUUGAUGAAAAAAUUGAAAGUUAUAAUUUUAUUCCAUUUAUUAAUUCAUUAAUUGAAUUAAUAAAUUCUCCUAUCAAUGAAACUAUGAUUUGUGCUUUAGAAACUUUAAAUGUUAUUGCUUUAAGAGAUGAUACUUUAAAUAUUUUAAGUAAUAAACUUGAUGAUAUUAUUAAAAAAUUUAAUGAUAUAAAAGGAGAUGCUUAUUCUUCUUUAAUACUUUUACUUACUAAUAUGGGAAGAAUUGAUAUUACAAUUAGAAAAUAUAAAACUUAUAAAUUACCUGAAAAAAUAAUAUUUUAUAUUAAAUCACAUCUAAAUGAUGAACGUGCUUUACUUAUGUCUUUAUCAUUAAUUAAUUCUAUAUCUGUACUCCAUGAAAAUAGAGAUUAUUUAGCUUUUGAUCUUAACAUUUUUGUUGUUCUUAAUGAUUGGUAUAAAAUUUCAACUAACCAAGUCAUUAUUUUUAAUAUUCAACAAAUUAUAUCUCGUUUAAUUUUAAAUUCAUCUCAUCGUGCUGAACUUUUUAUGAGUAUUCCAACUGCUCUUAAUGCUAUUAUAGAAACAGCUGGAUACACUGUUCGUUUAUUAAAACAGAAAAUAACUCCUCAAAAUUCUACAAGAGAAGUGAGAGAUGUCAGAGUAGCUUAUGAAGCAACAAGAAUACUUUGUAAUUUAAUUAUUUUAAAUUCUGAUUAUGCAAAUACUAUCAUGAAAGAUCCUUAUAUCAUUUAUGCAAUUCUUGAUUUAAUUCAUUCUCAUUAUCAAAUCUUGAAAGAUGAAGGAUUUUCUGCUUUAAAUCGUUUGAAACAAUAUGAAAUUAUAACUGAUGAUGAUAUUACCAAAGCUGAAGCAAAUCGUAUUUGA